AUGGCAGAUGUACCUCCGAUUAAUUGUUUGGAUCUGAGUGACUUCCAGGUACGAUCACUAUGACUAGUUUACUUAUAUUUAAUUUAGCAUAACCAUAAGUUUUCGUGUUCUUUAGAGGGUUCUGAACAAAUUGAGGGACCUUGAAGAUAAGGUCGUUCUCAAAUUGAACUGUGAGCUUCCGACCCAUUCCUUCCCCAAAAAUGCUACAAAGAUUUGUGAGAAUUUUCAAAAGGAAUUGGCAGCGAUUCGGAGUCAGAGAUUGAAUGUGAUGUACAAUUGUUUGCGCGAGAAUCAGCAGUUUGUGAACUUGAGGAAGGACAAAGAACCAGGACAGCCGGCUCUCACUACUGUCAUGGGAAACCUGAGGUUCAUACGAAAUGAGGAAACUGUUGAUGAGAUUAUCAGAGCCCAGACCGACCAGACUGCAGCUGAGCGAUGCAAGAAGGCACAGCUAAAUCCAUAG